CGCGGCCGCGCCUCCGCCCGCGCUCGGCCAUGGGCGCUGCGCCGCGCUCCGCCCGGCGCGGGGACCUGCGCGCCGCCCGGACAGGAUGGAACUGAAAUACGGAUAUGUGUUGACAAAGGAGUUGGAAUAAGACUGAGUCCUGCUCUGUGAUAUUUAUAUACCUGGACCAUGUACUUGCUGUUUGGCUUCUUGCUUUAGGAACCUUUGUAGUAACUGUGUGAAUCUGUUGGGAAUCAUGGCAUUCUCUCCAUGGAAGCUGUCCUCUCAGAAACUAGGCUUUUUUCUGGUGACUUUUGGUUUUAUUUGGGGAAUGAUGCUUCUGCAUUUUACUAUUCAGCAACAAACACAACACGAGAGCAGUUCAGUUCUGCGUGAGCAAAUUUUAGAUCUCAGCAAAAGAUACAUCAAAGCAUUAGCUGAAGAAAAUAAAAAUGUAGUUGAUGGGCCUUAUGUUGGGACAGUGACAGCAUAUGAUUUGAAAAAGACACUUGCUGUUCUGUUGGAUAAUAUCUUGCAGCGCAUUGGGAAGUUGGAGUCCAAGGUGGAAAAUCUUGUACUUAAUGGAACAGGAGCAAACUCGACCAACAAUACCACCACUUCUGCUCCCAGCUUAGGAGCAGCUGAAAAGCUUAAUGUAGCAGAUCUCAUAAAUGGAGCCCAGGAACAGUGUGAAUUGCCUCCUAUGGAUGGUUUUCCUCACUGUGAAGGGAAAAUAAAGUGGAUGAAAGAUAUGUGGCGAUCGGAUCCCUGCUACGCGAGCUAUGGUGUAGAUGGGUCCACAUGCUCCUUUUUUAUUUACCUCAGUGAGGUUGAAAAUUGGUGUCCUCGUUUACCUUGGAGAGCAAAAAAUCCCUAUGAAGAAACUGAUCAAAAAACAGUGGCUGAAAUCCGUAUCAACUUUGAUAAUCUGUACAAAAUGAUGUCAAGACACGAGGAAUUCAGGUGGAUGAUGUUGCGCAUCAGACGAAUGGCUGAUACCUGGAUUGAGGCCAUUAAAUCACUUGCAGAAAAACAAAAUUUGGAGAAAAGAAAACGAAAAAAGAUCCUUGUUCAUCUGGGGCUUUUGACAAAAGAAUCAGGAUUCAAGAUUGCAGAAAAUGCGUUUAGUGGUGGCCCUCUUGGUGAAUUAGUCCAGUGGAGUGAUUUAAUUACAUCUCUCUACUUACUGGGCCAUGACAUCAGGAUUUCAGCUUCACUGGCAGAGCUCAAGGAGAUUAUGAAGAAAGUUGUAGGUAACAGAUCUGGCUGCCCGACCCAGGGGGAUAAAAUUGUAGAACUCAUUUAUAUUGAUAUUGUGGGACUGACUCAGUUUAAGAAAACCCUUGGUCCAUCAUGGGUUCAUUACCAGUGUAUGCUAAGAGUUCUGGACUCCUUUGGGACUGAGCCAGAGUUUAACCAUGCCCAUUAUGCCCAGUCUAAAGGCCACAAGACACCAUGGGGAAAGUGGAACCUCAAUCCACAGCAGUUUUAUACAAUGUUCCCUCACACUCCAGACAACAGCUUCCUUGGAUUUGUGGUAGAGCAGCAUCUGAAUUCCAGUGACAUUAAACACAUUAAUGACAUCAAAAGGCAGAAUCAAUCUCUCGUUUAUGGCAAAGUAGAUAAUUUCUGGAAGGAUAAGAAGGCUUAUCUGGAUGUCAUCCACACCUAUAUGGAGGUCCAUGGAACUGUUCAUGGGACAAGCACCAUGUACAUUCCUGGCUAUGUCAAGAACCAUGGAAUACUCAGUGGAAGGGAUUUGCAGUUUCUGCUGAGGGAAACCAAACUGUUUGUUGGUCUUGGAUUUCCAUAUGAAGGGCCAGCUCCCUUGGAGGCUAUUGCCAAUGGAUGUGCUUUUCUAAAUUUAAGAUUUAACCCACCAAAAAGUAGCAAAAACACAGAUUUUUUCAAAGGCAAACCUACACUCCGAGAGUUGACAUCUCAGCAUCCCUAUGCUGAAGUUUAUAUUGGGAAGCCCCAUGUGUGGACUGUGGACAUCAAUGAUCUUUCUGAGGUUGAGAAGGCCGUGAAAUCAAUUUUGAAUCAAAAGAUUGACCCUUAUUUGCCCUAUGAAUUUACCUGUGAGGGAAUGCUUCAGAGGAUGAACGCCUUUAUUGAAAGACAGGAUUUCUGUCACGGGCAGGUGAUGUGGCCCCCAUUAAGUGCCCUUCAAGUCAAAAUUGCUGAACCUGGAAAAUCCUGUAAGCAAGUUUGUCAGGAAAGCCAGCUCAUCUGUGAGCCUUCCUUCUUCCAGCAUCUUAACAAGGACAAAGCUCUGCUUAGGCAUAAUAUCGAAUGUCUCACCAUGGAGUCUGCAAAUGAUAUCCUGGUCCCCUCUUUUGAUGGAAGGAGGAAGCACUGUGUUUUCCAAGGUGACCUGCUACUGUUCAGCUGUGCUGGCUCCCACCCUGCCCACAGAAGGAUCUGCCCCUGCAGGGACUAUAUCAAGGGGCAGGUUGCACUCUGCAAGGACUGCCUAUAGCAGCAGCAGGGCUGCUCCCAGCUGGGGACAACCAGAGUCCUUUGGAGAGGAGUUCCUAAGUACUUCCUGCACUUUGGUCCAGGUUUGCCGCUGCAGGCAGAGCUAUCAUUGCUGGGCAGAAUUAUCUACUAAGAGAGGAGGGAUUCAUAAUAAACAGCUAUAACUGAUCUUUUCUUCCUGUAAGGACAUUUGCAGCAUCACUCUUCAGAUUCCUUCAGCGGUUUGCAAAGAGAAAUGAGUCUCGUGUUCGACAGUAAUUUGAAGAUGACUGCACAGAAUAGUUUGUAGAAAAUUUCCAGACCCAUCAAACUUCUGGUUUUGCUGUUUGGGUGAAGUGUUUUCUAUUUUUUUAAAUGAGUUAUGACAUCCCCCAUCAUGGUUAGCUAAAGGAUCUCAACUUCAUUCCAAUAGAAAACUGAAAAAAGUGUGCUUGAGGGAGCGGAUGCUGGGGAAGGAGGACUAACAUUUUAUUCACUGGUUUGGGUACAGCUUUGGCUUGAAUGGCUAUAAAGUGGUUUACUUCACAAGAACUUGGAAUAAUGAGAGAGCUCUGUACCCUGCUGUUGGGUUAUUUGGGCCCAGAUUUGUUGUUUCGGUUUUUUUCCUUUUUUAAAAAUUAAAUAUUUGUAUACAACAAGGUAUUGUCUGCAUCACAGCUGCUGCACCAGAGCAGCCUAAGCAGAGUGUCACAAAUGAGCAAAUAGGCAGUUGCCAGCAUGUGACACAUCUUGGUGACUGCACAGCUCACUGGGGUUGUGGCAUUCUUCAGUGUGGAAAAGCUACAAAAACACACAACCAUUUUUGGAAUGGACUCAUCACAGUUUACUGGUCCCAUUUAGAGAGUAAUCCUUGGAAUUUGCCCACGCUUCUGUUGUAGUCUGUCUACUAGAAAUACUGUGUGAAGCAAAAAGUAUUCAGCAUCAUUGGAGCAAUAUUAUUGUUAGAGCCUCAGUUUGCUAUGGCUUCCAGUAGUUAAGUGUUGCUGAAUGACAUAGAAAGGUUAAACUAAGCUAACUAUAAUUAUUGUAUGGUAGAAAUGUAAAAUGUCUUCACAACUAGUUAGGUUUUUAACGAGAAAUUUUUUUCUGGAGUUCAAGUAAGAGGAGACAAAGAACUGAAAAGAAAAGAAUUAAUCAGUCCUCUUGGGUUCUUUGAUUGUUUUUCUGGUUUUAGGGCUCUGCAUGUUCCUUGUUUCUUCUUCCCUUUUGAUCAGGCAUACCAAUUACAAAUUUAGAAGAAAACAAUUCAAGAGUUCAGAAUUUAAAUCGAAGUUGGGUUUGGAGUUUUUUUGGUGGUGGUUUUUUUUGAGAGAGAAGCAAGUUAACUCCUCUAAACUACCUUCUUUUUACAGAGGUAAUUUUUGUUAUUUUCAGCAGAAGGGGACAUGCUUGACAGCAUAAUUUGUCAGGAAGUUACAUGUUAAGAUUAGUAAGAAACAAAUCUGCAGUCAGCAUCUGUAGGUCUUUCUGAGACAUAUCUUGGUUCGGAUUUUUCUGGUAAGCAGUGUUCAUUAUCUGUGUGGGAAUAUUGAUGGAUGUGGUGACCUACCAAAGACCAGGCAAGGGAGAUGCUAUUGCACUGUGGAUAAAUCCUCCAGAACUGUCUACAUUUUAAAUUCCAGUUUAAAAGCAGUGAAUGAGCCUUUUCAAGCAUUUGGUUUCCUGCCUCAACACUCCUGACAGUGUUACCCUGUACACUCCAUAACAUUGCUCUGCACAACACAGGAGGUUGUUGAGUAUCCAAAAAGGGUCUGUGGGAGCUGUUGAGCAGCAGGGUCAGCAGGAUCUGGGUUUGAGGAUGUAAAAAUCUGCUGUAUUUUAGAUUAAUUUUCCAGAAACAGAACAGCUGGGUUCUCUAAUGGGAGGCAAUUUUUUUCUAUGAAAAGAAAACAAACACAAACCUGUAUGAAAAUCCCUCCUGCUGCCAUAGCUCAGCACUUGCUUCAGUCAGCACAAAUGUAGUUUGCCAUAGUUUCACUGCCCUGGAAAAGCUGGGGGAGGACAAUUGGAAAUGGGUCUGAGCAGGCACAACAAUUCUCUCUGUAUUUAUAUAAAAUAUCCCCUGCAUACCUGUGCAUAUUUGUGCAACUAGAAAAUCCUGCCUAUCACAAUGUAUGACUUUCCACCUGGUGCUGAAAGUAAAGGCAACAGCAGGACUUGUCUUCAGUAGUUCAGCCUGAUGUUCCUCAGGCAGGAAUUGAUUUCAGACUGGGAUAUCACAGAAUUAUGUUGGAAACAAAGAUUUGUGCUCGUGCACUUAAAGGAUGCAAAACGUGGGUUUUGCUGUAGUGUAAUUCUCUGCUGUAAAUACAUGUUUGCUUGGUUCCCCCUGCUGUAAGGCCCACAUGGCAAUACAUACUGCAUUUGAUUUUGCCUCUAAACCUUUAAAGAUGGGAAGGGUUUGGUAUUUGUUAUUAUAACAUUUUCUGGUCUAGUGCUUUGCUCAAUGCUAAGUUUGCCUUUACCACAGCAGGGAGAGUUUAUUAUAAGCUCUGUUUUUUCAUGCUGUAGCACUCUUUGUAGUCUGCUGAACUGAAUUAUACAUUCUGGCAAAAAUGCAACAGCAGCACCGAUGCCGCUUGCACUUCAGCCAGGGAGAGAACAUCCAAAUUUGCUUCAGUCAGUGGUCUCUGAUCCUAUUUCCACUGAAACCUAUGGAGAAGACUCACUAAUCUUGAAGAAUAACAAAUCAAUACCUACAUCUUCAGUCUAUAUUCCUGUAAAAGGAGACUGUCAUGACAACUGUAAGUGCACAGACUCUGCAGGCAUUGCUCACUGAGCUCCACACACGCUCCCCGUGAGCAAUUAGUGAAUCCUCCUGCAGAUAAACACUCAGGCAAUUCCAUGUGGGACUAGGGAAAAGUUGGAGUUAUUGACUGAAACCUGUUUUAGAUAUCCACAUUUCAGGCUAGGGGGCAACUUUCUGUCUGAGUUCCGUAACUAUCUUCUUUCCUAAUUGAAGAAUAGAGGUGUGUAGUCCAGUUCUUGCACUCAAGCAAGGACAUCAGAGAGGGGACUGUGCUGCUCUUUUCAGUCUGACAGUAGAACUUGCAGCUUCCUUUGCUCAGAAGUCAGGUUUUUGCAUGACUGCAUUUGAAUAUAUUGAUCUGCGAUUGAUGGGAAAAAAAAUGUCAAAAGUUGAAUACAAAACCAUUUUACAAGCUUUUAAACAUAUCUCUCAUAUCAAGACAUUCUUUGUUUUAAAAUUUUGUAUUUUUGUAUGUGACCUAGUUUUUUUCAAAAAUCUUGUUCCUACAGGAUUAGAAAACUUGAGAGAAGCAUUUACAUAUUUAUUAAAAUUAACAUAAAAGGCUUGCCUUUGAAAGGUAAAGUUGGUAAAUACACACUGUUUAAAAAUGCCAAUAAAAACCUCAUUUAUUUCAUAUAUGCAAGUUGAUUUGCACAUGUAUAAAUAGAGUUGCUUUUUGCAUUUUUUGCUUAGUUUCUAUGUUUCUUUUUGUAAUUUAUAGUUGCAGCAGUGUGUUUGCUUGUUCAUAUCAGAUUAUGUUUCUACAAGUAUUUAAUGUUUAUGUGCCUUUUUUUACUUUCUUUGGGGUUUGGAUGUAUGUUUGGAUUAUGGAUACUGUCUGAACAAGUAUAAUGGAACACUAAUUCCAGGUAAAUUGUGCUGAUGACUCUACAACUUAGUGUUGUGAAUUUUGAAUGUUUUUAAGUAGUGGAGAAAUCUGUUCUAAAACCAGAUAAGACUUAAUAAGAUAAAAGAUACUAUAACUUUUAAUAAUUCCUGCAAAACAUUGCUUCUGCAAGCAGAAUGCAAUGUACUGAGAAUCUGUGAUUUGGCAUGAGAGCUCCUGCUGGGACAGGAUGUCUGUUCACUGACCAGGGAGCAAAGGAAAGCCAUGAACAUUCCCCAGGGAGACAAUGAUAACAGAAAACCUCCAGGAACAGCCAGAGCUGAUUUGAUGGGCAGGAAAAUUGAAGAUCCACAUUGAGGUUUGGGAGGUGUGGGUUUUUCAGAUAAAGAUGUCUCUGCAUGGAUGCACACAGGGCAGUUCCUGGUGCUUCCAGAGCACACAGGCCUUUCAGCACAGCUGGACUGGCAGCUCUCAGUGUGCAGGGACUGGUCAGCUUAUUGCAGAUGGAUUUCCUUUUUUAUGCUACUACUUUUCUGCAAUGGUGUUUUGCAAAGGCAGCUGCUGAUCAGAUUUCAGUUGGGAUGGGGUUGUAGCCAGAGCCAGGACUCUGCACCUUCCAGCUUCACUCUGCUCCCAGCUGCUUUGUGUCAGCUUUUGCACCUUGCUGGUUAUCAAGAAUUGGACUCACUGAAAAUUUCUCUUGAUAUCAUCAGCUCCAAAUCAGGCUGUCAUGUUGUGUCACUGCCCUUUAAAAUCCUAGGCAGCCUCCUUCAUUUGUUCUUAAUAUAAAAGACAUUCCCUCCCCUCUCAGAGUGCAUGGCCCAUCUGAAUUGCAAAGUGAUUUCUGAGUUUGCAGCACUGUUCAUAUAAACAAAACCCAAAUUGCUUUCUCAGGUAUGUCUUUUGCUCAGAGUUCAUUUCAGGACCAGAUUUUGCUAGUAAAAUAAAUAAACUGGGAUGAGUCGGGCUGGAUAUAAUCUCAUCCAAGCCUCAUUAACUUCAUGACUCCCCCUGCCUUCAGUGAUAGCACAACUCCUCCAUUAAUGUUUCUUAAAAUUAAAGAAUCAGCCCUCCCUUUUUAAUAAGUGUAAAGCACUGUACCUUAAAUGAUAAAGACCAAACACUUCCAGGGCAUGUUAUUCACAUAUCAGCAACCAGUUUUUCUUGCUCACAAGAUCAGCUCUAAGUUGAUGUUAUUGAUUAAUUAUUAAGGUAUCAGUUGAAAACGUGGUUAAAUUGCUGUUCAGUCAACAGUUGGGAGUUUGAGGAAUGGCAUUUUUCAUUGUUCAUUUUUAGAGAGACCAAGAGUUACCAGUUUCUGAUUUCCCAGUCUUUUUUUCAGGGGUGCUAACCUUUGGCAUGGCUGUUUCCUUGUGAUGUUUGUCCUGCAGCUGCUAUGCCUUCAACUUCUCACUUGUGAUCUCUUUCCAUCUCCUUUGGCCCCAUUGUUGUAGGGAUUGCUGUAAACUCAAGGAGAAUAAUGCACUGACAGAUGUGUUUUCAUUGGAGCUGAAAUGGCCAGGAAUAUAGAGGAUUUUAUUGAGAUCUGCUUUAAUAAUAUUGCUGUAAAUAUAACUUCAAAACACACUGUUUUAUGGGCAGUGACUUAAAUCUCAUCCACACAUUUUCAAGUGGUUAUGUAGGGGUUUUUUUAAAUUAGUUUGUAACUUCCAAAUGUAAUUAUAUUUAAAUGGAAUGUGUAAACAGCAACUCCAUGUAUCCAGUGUAAAAUGUUUACUGUAGGAAUGUGUUGAAAAUACCAGAGGCUAGACCCCAGAAUGCCUCAGCUGUGAGGCAUCAUUUUUUAUUCCUUCUUCCAGGAAAAGUAACAAAGUACAACCAUUGCUGAUGUGCCUUGCAAACUGGGACCUGUUCAUUUUUAACAGUGUCAUCCUUUGCAUAUUCAUGUAAUUAGAACACACAAAAGUGUGUUUUAAUUCAGGAGACCUCUCUCAAGAGCACUAAGCCACCUGCUUAUUAAAUGAGCAAAUAAAACCAGGUCCUAAAGUUUUUAUAAAAUUAGUAAUAACUUCACCCUCAACACACAGAAACUGCUUUAAAAAAUUAGUUGUGCUCAAGUGAUUGAAACCCUUCUCUCUGCUGGGCAGUUCAGUGCAGGUGCAAUUCACUUAAGUGAGUUGUGCAUGGGACCAGAAUUUGUCACCUCCUGUAAGGGCUCACAGAACUGAAGCAUUGAGGACCCUGCUGUCCCCAGAGCCACCAAAGCAUGUGGCUGCUUUUGGUGCACGAAAACCCAUCUGUAUUGUCACUGCAAAUGCCAGCCCUGGGUCCUGCAGGAGCCACCAAAUCUUGGCUUUAAGGAGAGCAUGUAAAUAACGCCUGGCAUUCCUGGAGCCAUCCGGGCACCGAGUGCAUGCAACACCACCUGGCUCAGGCUCCAGCAGCUGCAAAGUAGUUUGAAAUAUCAAAUAGGCACACGAUAAAUCAAGUUCAAUUGCUGUCUGAAGGCAGUUCAUUUUAAUGGUGUAAUACCCAGAACUAAUUUCUGUUCAUUAUCAGGUCUGUUGCAAUACAGUGACAGUGAAAAGUAUUUUUUAAGGCGUCGUGGGUUUGAUUUGGUUUUUGUAAGGAAUGCAGGAGAGGAGGAGGAAAUGGCAGUUUUUACUAAAGGAAAAAAGAAAGGAAAUUUUGUGAGAAAGCUACCCUGAAGAUUCUAAGAGAGCCAAAAGAAAAAUAUCAGGGAAUAUUUACAAAGCUAAUUUGGGCUUGGUGACUUUGAUCCCCGUGAGCUUGCUGAGCUGACCACUGCAGGGAGAUUCUCCAGAGUGCUGUUUGAGGCAGUUCUUUGGGUUCUAGUCUGCAUCAUUCUCUGGAGGAAUCUCCCUCUUCAUGGGUGAAGAGGAUCAGAGUCUGAAUAAGCCCAGUAGCAAUGUAAAUUGGGGAAAAAACCCAACUGAAUUCACUAAAAGUAAAUUAAUGCUUUUUGCAAACAAUAAUGUGGAGUCAAUGAGGGGUUUUAAAUGGACACAAGAACUUCAGGAUCAGGCUGGUACUACGGGGUGUUUGGUUUGAAUUCUCCCCUGAUAGGUUAAUCCUUUGUUUUAUUUCAAUGGUUGUGUUCCACUAUAUUACGUUCAAGCAGUUGGAUUCAAACAGAUACUGGUUCAGAAACUGCCAAGUUCCUGGGGUUCAUUAGGAUGGGAUUUUUUUUAAUUUUUUUUUUUUUUUUAGAACAAUAAAUGUCUGUAAUGGCAUAGAAAAAUGCUUUGUUUUCACUGUUGUAGAAAAAAAAAAGCUAGGAAGAAUUUAUUUUUCAAUAAACUUUUUUCUUGUGUGAUUUG